AUGUACUACAUCAGGAAAGUGCAUAUUAAGCUGCUGUGGGAAUACAACAAUAGCUGGACACUACAUGAAAUGACCUCCCUCCUACUUGGAGGUAGAAAGACAUGUAAUAACGUCUACAAUUGUACAGUUAUUCGAGUACCAUAUGACACUCUCAUACUUCCUACCUUCAACCUCUUCAAGGCAGUGCCACCAGGUGACUUCGUUGAUGGCAAGGAUGUAAUAUUAGACAUUCAGUCCAAUACAACAGGUCCGAUGUCUAAGGCUGUUAAUGUGAGUCUUGCAGCUAUCGAUCUUUUUGCUCAGAACCUAACCCAAGCACUAAUGUCUGUGUUCUCAAUACCAACUACAAGCGGACAUAACUCUCUUCGGCAUGCUGGUCUCCAACCUAACACUAUCAGGACAUUGAUGUUGGCUAAGCAGCAUCUGCGCCUUGCUUGUAAUGCUAUCACGUUAGUACUACUGUAA